UCCCAUCGCGCAAGAAUGCGACCCUAGAUAACACAACGACGAGCCUGGCAACCUCCGGCGCCAGUCAGCGCGAAUCAUGGCUUUAGUCGUAUUGAAGUUGGCACUCGAGACGCUGGGCAAAUUACAGGAGGGGCUAGGGCCCGGCUACGCACAUGGUCGGAAUUUGCUCAACGGGGGCGGAGCACCGGCUGGGAGCGACUUCUGCCUCGACAAGAAUGUGACCUACGCACAUCGGGUUGACAACCCGGAGGGCUGGAACUGGUGCCUGGUUCCAGAUGGGGGCUUCGACGCCGUUUUCUUUGCGGGGCUGGCCAUCGUCACGAUGUGCCUGGCGUCGGCGCGCUGGGACGCACUGAUCGUGCUGGCCUUUGGCGGCGUCUACUUCGCCUUCUCCUACUACUUCAAUCUGGAGCACGUCAGCAAUGCGGUUAUGCUGUGGCUGGGCAUGCGGCCGGCAGACAUCUUCGUGUUUGUGUUCCUGCCGCCCUUCCUGCUGGACCUGUCCGUGCGGGUCGACUACUUCCUGCUCAAAAAGGUGGCAUUCAACGUGGCGUUCAUGGCCUUUGUGAUGGUGAUCAUGUCCUGCCUCAUGCUCAUCCCCUUCAUGCUCUACGCGCUCAACCUGCAAGCCAGCGGCUGGACGGCGGCCCACGUGGCGCUGUUCGGAUCCAUGAUCGCAUCCACAGACGCUGCGUCCGUGUCGGCGGUGCUGCGCUCGGGCGGUGGGCCCGAGAUUCUGUCGGUGCUGCUGGAGGGCGAGUGCCUCUUCAACGACGCCUCCUCGCUGACGCUGUUUGAGAUCUUCAAGGAGGUGGUGGUGAACCAGGAGCACAACACGCUGGCGCACGACCUGCAGGGCAUCGUGGUGCAGACCAUCUGGUCCUGCUUCGUGGGCGUGUGCAUCGGAGUGGGGCUGGGCAUCUUCACACGCUGGGUGUAUGCGUGGAUGCAGCACCGCAAUAUGGAGCCGCAGGCGGAGGUGGCCUGGUCCGUGGGCGGCGCGUACCUCAGCUUCUACAUCACGCAGGUGUGGUGCCACGGCUCGGGCUGUGUGGGCUCGGUGGCGUUCGGCCUGUACGGCAGCGGCACGCUGCUGUGGGGCAUGAGCACCAAGGCCCGACUCAGCGGCAUCUUCGACAAGUUCUGGGCGGUGAUGACGUUCAUAAUCAACGGCCUCAUCUUCUUCUACGUCGGCGCCUCCGCCGUCAACUUCACCAUCCGCGCCUCCAACGAGCUGUUCGAGGAGGAGGGCAGCGACUCCCUGGCCAUCAUCCUUCUGUACAAGCUGCCGCUCAUCUACCUGGCCAGCUUCGCGCUGCGCUUCGUGCUCAUGUACGCCAGCUUCAAGUUCCUGCAGCUGGCGCGACUCAGCGAGCCGAGGCCCAUACAGGAGGUGGCCUUCCUCACGAUCGGCGGCCUGCGCGGCAGCCUGUCUCUGGUGCUGGCGCAGUCGGCCGCCACCAUGGCCAGCAGCAGCGUGGACGACAGGCGCGUAAAGGCCGAGAUCGCCAUCUUCACAGCCGGAUACGUGGUGAUGACGCUGCUGAUCAACGCGCCGCUGGCCGCGCCCGCCCUGACGCUGCUGGGACUGGACAAGGUCCGCCAGGAGCAGCUGGCCAUGCGCGGAGAGGUGAAGAAUCUGUUCCGCAAGUUCACCUCCACGGCCAUUGAGGACCUGUCAGCCAACCAGGACGAGGACGAGCUGCUGCAGGGUCUGGACUGGGCCAUGCUGGCCCAGGAAACCAACUUCGACCACCACCUGGACAAGGAGCUGCCGGAGAUCCAGCCGCGCGUGCGCUGGUUCGUGGGCACCGCCGGCAAGGUGUGGAGCAUGUUCUUCGUGCCGGGCACCUUCUGGAUGGCGUUGCGCCGCUGGUGCUGCGGCGGCGGCCCUCGCCGCAGCGACUCGGGCGCCGCCGACGAUGACUAUGACGCGGGCGCAGCCAAGGCGGAGGCGGCCAAGGCCGCGGCGGACCUCAAGCGCGCCACGCAGUACAACAUGCGCGAUCUGGGUCGGGCCGAGAGCCGCGCGCCCGGCAGCGUCUUCUUCGCCACCAGCAGCGGCGUAAGCACCAGCAGCAUUGGCAGCAGCGCCUUCGGCGGACUGCACGCCAGCGGCAAGACCUUCCUAGUCAUUCGUGACCAGCCGCGCUCGCGCAGCCACACCGGCCCGCCGGGGCUGAACCGCAGCGGCAGCAGCAAUGCCUCCGCGGCGGCGGCGGCGGCGCGCCGCGCGCAGUCCGGCCCCGCGCUGCCGGCCGCGGCCUCGCUCCGCCGCAGCAACUCGCGCCGCGUGUCGAACAUGAUCAUCAGCGGCGGCGCCACCCCCACCAUGGGCGCCGCCACCGGGCCCGACGGCGUGCCCGGCGGCAGCGUGGCGGCGGCGGCCGCCGGCGCCACUUUCGGCGCCGCGGCGGCGGGCGGCGGCGGCGCCGCCGGCUCGGAGCGGCAGCUGCUUCGCAGCGCCAGUCGCUUUAUGGAGGGCGCGGUGGCGGGUCCCAUGAUCCGACAGAAGUCGGGGGCGCUAGGCAGCCCACACACGUCGGGCACGGGCAUGGAGGGCGUGCCGCUGUCGGCGGCGCCGUCGCUGUCGCCCAAGGGGCCGCCGCCGGCGCCGCCGCCGCUGCAGGCGCCGCCGCCGGCGCUGCAGCCGGCGCUGAGCCAGUCCGACAUCCAGCUGACGGAGGUGCCGGCGGCGGCGCCGCCGCCGGCGCCGGCGCCCGUCGCGACGCCGUCCAGCCCGCCGGCGACGCCGGGGGGCAUGGAUUCGCCGCACCAGAUGCCGCGGCACAAGUCCACUGGCGGCGACGACGCCAUUGAGGCGGCGCUGGCGGCGGUGGACGGCGGCGGCGACGGCGACGGCGACGAGCCGGAGCGCAAGAGCGCCGGCGGCGCCGCGCUGGCGCUGGCGCUGCCGCCGACCGGCUCCGCCGAGUCGCCCAGCCCCUUUCACAGGCCGCCGCGCAAGGCCCCAAGCGGCAGCACCAACGCCGCCGGCGUCGGAGGCGCCGGCACGCCCGCGGGCUCGCGCCCCGUGUCACGCCUAGCCACCAGCACCAGCGUCGGCGGCGGCCUCGCCACCCUCGCCGGCGCCGGCGCCGGCGGCGCCGCGCCGCCGACGGGCCAGCCGUCUGGCGGCAUAGCCUCCGGCGCUUUGUCCCGUCUGGGCAUGACCACCGGCACGGGGCCAGGGGCGGCGGCGGCGGCGGCGGAGCCUGCGCGCGCCAUGCACCACUCAGUAAGCGCCGGCAGUCUGCUGGCAUCCCACCCCGCCGGCCUGGAGUUCGCUACAGCCAUGAUCGCCGGCCGGCCCGACGGCGGCGCCGCCGCCGACGCCGGCGAUGCGGAGGCAGACAGCGAGCUGCUGCAGAGCGUGCUGGUCAUCAAGCCCAGCGUCGGCGGCGCCGGCGGCGGCGCGGGCGGCGGCGCCGGCGGCGGCAAGCGCGCGGGCCUGGCGGCGGCCAGCGGCGUGCGGCUGGUGCAGCGGCUGGGGGAGGGUGGCGUCGGCGCGAUAGAGGCGCUGCGGGCGGAGCCGGGCGCGGCGGCGGGCGGCGGCGCGCGGCCGCUGGGCCGCGGCUCGGUGCGGCUGGCGGCGUUGGACGCCACUGCGGACCCGGUCGCCGCGACCACCGUGUUGCCCAGCCCCGCCAAGCCGCUGGGCCGCGCCUCACUGACGCUGCCCUCGGACGGCUCGCGGGCGCUGGGCCGCAGCAGUGGCGUCUUCAUCAUCCCAGCCAACCCGCUGGGAGCCAAAUCCGGCGCUCACGCCUUCGAGCCGCCCUCGUUGGGCCCCUUCGAGUUCGCACUGCCCGAGGACGAGCAGGCGGCGGCGGCGGCGGCCUCGGCGGCGGCCGAGGGCGGCCCCGGCUCCAAGCGACUGAUGCAGGUGCGGGAGGGCGAGCCGGCGGCGGCAGAAGACGGCGGCGGCGGUGGCGGCGGUGGUGGCGGCCUGGGCCGCAGCUCGGCGCGCCCCGUGGGGCCGCUGGGACGGGCAUCCAUCCGCAUGGGCCGGCCAGGCCUGUCUGCGGCGUCCGUGCACCUGGCGCGAAUCUACGAUGCUGACGGCGGUGCCGGCGGCGGCAGCGGCACCGACGGCGGCGGCGGCCCCUCCCGCGCCUCCGGGCGCCUUCCCACCCCCGGCGGCGGCGGCACCGACGGCGGCGGCGGCGGCGGCGGCGGCCUGGCCCGCUCCUCCGCGCGCCACCCCGCCGACGGCACGCCGGGCCUGGGUCGGGGCUCGGCGCGCAUGAACGACGUGGUGGCGGCGGCGGCGGCGGCGCAGGCCGGCGAGCGGCCCUCCCUGGCCUCGCAAUCGCAGUCGGCGUCUGUCGCCGGCAACGGCAUCCUGGCGCAGGUCGCGCUCAUCAACCACCACCGCGACGGCGGCGGCGUGGGCGGCAGCGGCGGCGGCGCCGCCAACGGCGGCGCGAACGGUGGCGUGGGCGGCAGCGGCCACGGCCAGCACGGCUUUAAGGCAGUGGCGAAUGCGGUGCUGCACGGCGCGUAUCUGCAGUCGCUCGUGCGGCGCUCCGCGGGCGCGGGCAGCCGCGGCGGCGCGGCGGCGGCGGCGGCGGGCGGCGGGCAGUACUCGCGCGAGGGCAGCGGGCGCGGCACGGAGGGCGUGGGGCUGGGCCGCCGCACGCGCAUGGCGGAGACGGCGGCGGCACUGGCGCGUGCGUCCGCCAGCGCCGGCCGUGACCUGGAGGGCGGCGGCGCCCCCCUGCCCGACACGCUGGACUCGCCCCUGCUGGUGGAGUACCGCAUGCGGCUGCUGUCGGGCCUGAAGCAGUACUACAUGCAGAAGCACGCGGAGGGCAGCCUCAGCCCCUCCGCAUACAAGGUGCUGUCCUACGUGGCGGACCAGUCCUACCACCAUCCCGAGAAGCCGCUGGCGCUGUGGGCCAUGGUGCGUCAGGAGGUGGGCGCGGGGCUGCUGCUGCAGGCCGAGGCCACCGUCUACUUCAAGCUCAAGCACUGGACUGCGGGAGCCAAGACCUCCAACAACGCCUUCGUGCGCGCGGUGGUGCCUCGUCUGCUGGUGCCGUUCGUGUGGCUGCUGUCGGGCCACAUCAGCGCCACCACACUGCGCGGCCUGGAGACGGCGGUGGAGCUGUGGGCCAGCCUCACGCAGUCGCUGCAGACCGAGUGGCUGCAGUACAGCGGACUGUACGGAGAGCUGCUGCUGGAGGAGGUCCAGCACGACGCCGACGGCGCCUGGUCUUACAUCAUCGAGCGCCGCAUCGAGGCGCCCAACAAGUUCGGCGCCGUGCAGACCCACCGCGCCACCAUCGAGCUGCUCACGCAGCAGCAGAACUUCGUGCGCGACAUGAACGCAGGCGGCAUGAUUGACGAGGCCGAGUGCCGCAAGAUUGUGGAGGUGGUGGAGCGGCGGCUGCAGCUGCUGGCUCGGCGCGGGCCGCGCUGGCGGCAGCCCACGGUGACCGAGGUGCUGUCCAACACCGCCUUCCUGCGCGGCGUGCCGCAGCGGGUGGUGGAGUGGAUCCGCAAGAACUCCGUGAUGCGCGUGCACCCGCAGGGCGAGGCCAUCUGGGACAUGGGCCGCAAGUUCCCGGGCUCGGAGCCGGACGGGCUGAUUGUGGUGAUCCGCGGUGUGGUGCGCAUGAUGGCCGACCACGACGGCAUCCAGGUGCCCUACUACCUGGGCGCAGGCGGCGUGGGAGGACUGACGUCGUGUGUGCUGGAGGCGCACGUGCCCGGCAUGAGCUCCGCCGCCGCCUACGCCGAGGGCAACGCCAUGGGCAAGGGGCCCGUGGUCAUGCACAUCCCCUGGAGCCUGCUGCAGGUGCUGCGGCGCUUCAGCCGUGAGGAGGGCCUGGCGCCCUACCAGGCGCUGGAGCUGCAGCUGUACCGCACCGCGGCCGCCUACGUGCUGGACAUACUCAAGCACCAGGUGUCGCACCAGUUCUCGGCCUUCAUCCGCUCCUCCAUGCUGACCAUCCUGCUGUCCAAGCGCGGCGACGCGCCGGCGGUGCGGCGGCAGCGCAUGCGGCUGCUGCUGCAGCCCGCCUCCGUGUCCGAGCACGUGCACCUCGACGGCGGCAUCGACUGGAUCUCGGAGCUCAUGGUGCAGCCGGAGCAGGUGGUGCGGCAGCUGCUGUCGCCCGACUCGCCGCCCACCACACAGGCGGCGGCGGUGGCGGCGGUGGCGGCGGGCGCCAGCGGCGGCGAGGCCAUGGCCAGUGCCAGUUGGCUGGAGGCCAUGUACAAGGCCAUUGCGGCGUCCACCGUGGCAGUCGUGGACAUCAUCCGUGCCGCCAUCAAGGACAGCAUGCUGCUGGUGCUCAGCCCGGGGCAGGGCAUCGUGCAGCGCACCACCAUGGUGCUCAUACAGGGCUCGCUGCAGCCAACGCCGCUGCUGGCCAAGGCCGACGGCAGCGGCGGCGCCGGCGGCAUGGGCGGCCCCUUUGUCAUCAGCGCCAACGAGAACCACAUCGCCCCCAGCGUCAUGGUGUGGGUCAGCGACUUCUUCGAGGGUGAUCUGGUGGCCCAGCGGCCGCUGGAGGUGGUGGCGGGGCCGCGCGGCGCCACGCUGCUGGUGUGGGGCGUGGACCCGGAGGACCUGCUGCUGCCGCCGCCGCCGCCCGCGGUGGUGGCGGCGGUGAUGGGCAGCAGCGGCAGCAGCAAGCGCCGCGACGGCGGCGAGGGCGCGGCAGGAGCGGGUGCAGGAGCGGGUGCAGGAGGGGGUGGGGCGGCGGCGGUGACGACGAGCAAGAGCGGCAAGCUGCUGACGAAGGAGAACAGCGGCGGCCUGAGCGGUGCGGCGGCGGUGGCGGCGGCGCUGGGGCUGGGCGGCGGCGGCGUGAACGGCGGCGCGCCCAAGCCUCUGGAGGUGGUGCGGGAGUCGGUGACGGAGAUGUCAACCGUUGGCACGCCGCCGAGUGAGGCCCUGGCGGCGGCGGCGGCGUCAGCAGCGGCGGCGGCGGGUGGCAAGCCAGUGAAUGGCAGCGCAGUAGGCAAGGUGCCCGAGUGAAGGGUGUGUGCUGCGGUGGCGGUAGCGGCGGCGGAUGCGGGUGGCCACGCGUCGAGGGGUGGCAUCGUUGGUGUGGAGGCGCUGCGCGGGUGGGUGCGGGGGCUGUGAUACCGGUAUGGUGUCUCGGAUGGGCUGCUGUGUGCAUGUGUGGGCGCGGGUGUGGCUUUAAGAUGCUUAGGGAGCCGCACAACGGAUAGCAUGUGUGUGUGUUGAUGCCGCUAGGCGCAGAGUGCAGACGGAAUGCCUGGAGGGGGCGGCGGCUGGAGAGGGCGGGCAUUGGUGCUUUACACACGUACGGACAACAGCGAGCGGGGUUGUGACCGGGAGGCAGGUCUUCAUAGAGAAGCACGUGCGUGUCGGGUUGUUGGCAUUUCGCACGGACCUGAACGAAGACAUUGACAGCGAGCUGCAACAGCGGUGGGUGCGGACUUCCAAAGACGCCAGGGUUGCUGUGUGAGCCAGGAGUGCAGUCGCCGGUGUCAGUAGAAAGUGACUUCUGCCCUAUCUAGUAGCGGUCGGCUGCUGCCAAGCGCGUGCACGUUCGGUCGGUACUUCACUUGCCCCCGGCGGUUGGCAGGUGGCACUUGAUGUUGCGCAGCGUUGGACUGGAAGGCGGGGUGUGAUGUGGUGAGCGGGUGGGAGGCGGAGCGACCGCGCAAUCACCUGCAUUAGAAUCUCGGCACCCGGCGCCGUGGCCUUGCGUGUGUAGGAAAGCACGGUUGGUGCUUGGGUUGGUGCCGCGGGGUUUUAGUGGAUUAAGUGGAAAGCAUGUGAGUGCUGGAGCUCUGCCAAAGAUGCCCUUGAAUGAAUCGAGGUGC